ACUUAUGCUUUGCUCUCUCACUGUUGGCGUCUCCGGUUAGACGAAACGGUUUAUUACCUCGUCGUAGCUCUGGUACUGUGAGCUGUUGAACCAACGGAAAAUAUGAUCUUAGACGGAAUAGAAGACGAAGAGAAAUGGCUUGCGGAAGGAAUUGCCGGAGUUCAACAAAACGCCUUUUACAUGCAUCGCGCUUUGGAUGCCAACAACCUCAGAGAAGUUCUUAAAUACUCUGCUCUGAUGUUAUCCGAGCUCCGAACUUCGAAACUCCCACCUCAUAAAUACUAUGAACUCUAUGUGAGAGCUUUCGAUGAAUUGAGGAAGUUGGAGAUAUUCUUCACGGACGAGAGCAGACAUGGAGUUUCAGUUGUUGAUUUAUAUGAACUUGUGCAGCAUGCUGGCAAUAUAUUGCCUAGACUGUAUUUGCUAUGUACGGUAGGAUCAGUAUACAUCAAAUCGAAGGAGGUCUCGGCUAAGGAUGUGCUUGGGGAUCUUGUGGAAAUGUGUCGGGGUGUCCAACAUCCAAUGCGUGGAUUGUUUCUUAGAAGUUACCUUGCUCAAGUUACUAGAGAUAAAUUGCCCAACUUUGGUUCCGAAUAUGCAGGAGAUACUAACACGGCCAUGGAUGCUGUAGAAUUUGUGCUGCAAAAUUUUAUUGAGAUGAAUAAACUGUGGGUUCGAAUGCAGUAUCAGGGACCUGCUCGAGUAAGAGAGAAGCAGGAAAAGGAAAGAAGCGAGCUGCGUGAUCUUGUAGGGAAAAAUCUCCAUGUUCUUAGCCAGAUAGAAGGUGUGGACCUCGAAGUUUACAGAGACACUGUACUUCCCCGAGUUUUAGAGCAGGUUGUCAACUGUAAAGAUGAUCUUGCACAAUAUUAUUUGAUGGAUUGCAUAAUCCAGGUCUUUCCAGAUGAAUACCACUUGCAGACCCUUGACACAUUACUGGGGGCCUGCCCGCAGCUUCAGCCAACAGUUGAUGUCAAGACAGUGCUAUCGCAAUUGAUGGAGAGAUUAUCGAAUUAUGCUGCUUCCAGUGAAGAUGUUUUACCCGAGUUCCUACAAGUAGAAGCUUUCACUAAAUUGAGCAGUGCCAUUGGAAAGGUGAUAGAAGCUCAGGUUGACAUGCCAAUUUUUGGAGCUACUACUUUGUAUUUAUCACUACUUACAUUUACACUUCGUGUGCACCCUGAUCGGCUGGAUUAUGUGGAUCAAGUGCUGGGAGCAUGUGUUAAAAAGCUUUCUGAGCUGCCAAAGCUUGAAGACAGUAGAGCUAUAAAACAAAUUGUUGCACUUCUGAGUGCUCCAGUAGAGAGAUACAAUAAUGUUGUGACUGCCUUAACGCUCUCAAAUUAUCCUCGCGUCAUGGACCGCCUCGAUAAUGAAACUAACAAACUCAUGGCUAUGGUUAUCAUCCAAAGCAUUAUGAAAAAUAAUACUUGUAUUUCUAGUGCUGAUAAGGUUGAGGUGUUAUUCGAAUUGAUAAAAGGGCUCAUUAAGGAUUUGAAUGGAACUACUGUAGAUGAGCUUGAUGAGGAGGAUUUCAAAGAAGAACAAAAUUCUGUUGCUCGCCUUAUACACAUGCUUUAUAAUGAUGAUCCAGAGGAAAUGCUGAAGAUUAUUUGUACUGUGAGAAAGCAUGUAAUGGUUGGAGGACCAAAACGGUUACCCUUUACAGUUCCUCCUCUAAUAUUUGCUUCACUCAGGCUGAUCAGGCAAUUGAAUAGUCAGGAUGGAGAGGUAGUGGGAGAAGAACUGCCUGCGACACCUAAGAAAAUUUUUCAACUCCUGAAUCAGACAAUUGAGGCUCUUUCAUCUGUUCCAUCACCUGAGCUUGCUUUAAGGUUGUAUUUGCAAUGUGCUGAGCAGACUACACAUCCGCAGGCUGCAAAUGACUGUGAUCUUGAGCCAGUGGCUUAUGAAUUUUUCACUCAGGCAUUUGUAUUAUAUGAAGAAGAAAUUGUGGAUUCCAAAGCGCAAGUGACUGCAAUACAUCUAAUUAUUGGUACUCUUCAGAGGAUGAACGUUUUUGGUGUUGAGAAUAGGGAUACCUUAACACACAAGGCCACUGGAUAUUCUGCAAAACUCCUGAAGAAACCCGAUCAAUGCAGAGCAGUUUAUGCAUGUUCUCAUCUAUUUUGGGUUGAUGAUCAGGACGGAAUCAAGGAUGGAGAAAGGGUCCUGCUAUGCCUAAAGCGUGCCUUGAGAAUUGCAAAUGCUGCCCAGCAAAUGGCCAACGUUACAAGCGGUAGCAAUGGACCAGUUAUACUGUUUGUUGAAAUAUUGAACAAGUACCUGUACUUCUUUGAGAAAGGGAACCCACAGGUAACUAGUGCUGUAAUCCAGGGGUUGGUAGAACUAAUCAAUACUGAAAUGCAAAGUGACUCUUCAACUCCAGAUCCUGCUGCAAAAGCUUUCUUUGCAUGCACUCUUAGGUACAUUCAAUUCCAGAAACAAAAAGGCGGUGCUAUGGCUGAGAAAUACGAGCCUAUCAAGGUUUGACUUGCAACAUGUCUAAAACAAGGUGUGUAAACUGUGAGAACUCAAUCGAACAAGUUGUUUGGGGUUUGAUGGAAGGAAUUGCCGAGUGGGUUUGCCUUUGUAUAAUCUUUCUAAUGUAGCAUAGCAUUUAAUUUUCCACCCUGUUGAUUUGUGAAUAUAGGAAAAUUUACAAAAAGAAAAGGCAUCUAAAAGCAUCAUUUCUCCAAUUUGGAUUUGAAUUUGAGUUUUACUUCCAUUUCAUUCUGAUUCUUCCAGAAUCUUUGUGCAUUAUCAUUGGUAGAAAUUUCUCAGAGAAUAAUUGGUUGAGCAUUGUAGGUCAUGAUGUAUAGUAGUUUGUCCACUAGCAUGUAGUCACUGUAUUUCUUGCAGUUGGCUUUCCUCCAUCUCUGUUGUACGUGUAGGUUGGAUUUUUUCUGUUGAAUGUUAUUGGAUUAUUCAAUGAAAAGUCAUCUGAUUGAGGAAUA